AUGUUGAAACAUAAAGUAGCGAAGCCUUUUGUGACGUUAUUUUUCAUUGUGACGCUGGAGUGUUCUCUGCAAGCCGUGUCGGGGCAGCUAUCCUACUCGGUGGCAGAGGAGGCGAACCGGGGGACGACUGUCGGAAAUAUUGCGAAGGAUUUAAACAUUAACGUCCACGAACUGGAGUCGCGGAUGUUUCAAAUUGUCAGCGGAUCCAACAAAAAAUACUUCGAGGUAAAUUUAAAGACCGGUGUUUUGUUUGUUAAUGAGAGAAUAGACAGAGAGGAGCUUUGCGAUAAACAGUUGAAAUGUACCCUAAGCGUAGAGGCAGUUAUAAAUAAUCCCUUGAAAUUGUAUCGUUUAGAAGUAAAUAUUUUGGAUAUUAAUGACAAUUCGCCUUCUUUUAGUUCAAAAUCACAAGAUAUGAACAUUGCUGAAAACACAUUGACGGGGGUUAGAUUCCCUCUACCUACUGCAAAUGAUCCCGAUGUUGGUAAAAAUAGCGUGAAUGCUUACAAGCUCAGUCCAAACGAGUAUUUCUCCGUGUCUACACACAAAGGAAAUGAGCAUAGUUUGUCUGCUGAGUUAGUCCUACAGAAGUCUUUAGAUCGAGAAAAGCAGUCUGUUGUAACUCUCAUAUUGACCGCGGUAGACGGUGGAAAUCCACCCAAAUCAGGGACCAUGUCGAUAAAGAUAAAUGUACUGGACAACAACGACAAUAGUCCAAUUUUUAGUCGCCCCUUGUACAAAGUAAGUGUAUCAGAAAAUGUACCAAUCGGGACAGUCGUUGUGGCCUUAAAUGCAACAGACUCUGACGACGGUGCCAAUAGUGAGAUAUUUUACAGCUUAAGUAAACGAGAUCAAGACAAAGUACUAGAGGUGUUUGAGAUUGACCCAAAAACAGGCGUGAUAACAGUUAAAAGUCACAUUGACUAUGAGAAAAAUAAUGCCUUUGAAAUCCGAGCCGAAGCCAGCGACAGAGGCCAGCCUCCUAUGGCAGCGCAUUGCAAAGUGCUCGUGGAGGUUAUGGACGUAAACGACAAUGCCCCUGAAAUCACCGUGACGUCACUGUUAAACACCAUGAUGGAGGAUGCCAAAGUCGGCACUGCUAUCGCACUCGUGUCAGUACAAGAUAGAGAUAGUGGCAAAAAUGGCGUAGUUAAUUCCUUUAUGUCGACUAAAGCCCCGUUCAAACUAGAGUCAAACUACAAAAACUAUUAUUCUCUGAUUGUAGAUGGCCCUCUAGAUAGAGAGACUACAGCUCAGUACAAUGUCACCAUCAUCGCUACGGAUGAGGGAGUUCCGUCGUUGUCCAGCUCCAGUGUUAUCACUGUUCACGUGUCUGAUGUGAAUGAUAAUGCGCCUCGCUUCCCAGAGCCCGUUAUUAAUAUUUAUAUUAAAGAAAAUAGUCCCGUGGGUGCGCGUCUAUCAGCUGUAUCGGCAUCUGACGCUGAUACAAAUGAAAAUAGUCUCAUCACCUAUUCUUUUCUGAACAGCAAUAAUGAGCUUCCCUUAACGACUAUGGUGAAUAUAGAUUCAGUUACAGGAGACAUCCUCGCUAUGCAGUCGUUUAAUUAUGAAGAAAUUAAAACUUUCCAAUUCAAAGUUGUGGCCACAGACUCCGGUGUCCCUCCACUGAGCAGUAACGCAACUGUAAACGUUUUCGUUCUGGAUGAGAAUGACAACAGCCCCAGUAUUCUGCCUCCCUAUUCGGAGCACGGGUCUGUGAAUACAGAAAAUAUUCCAUACAGUGCUGAAGCUGGAUACUUUGUGGCCAAAAUCAGGGCUGUAGACGCAGAUUCUGGAUAUAAUGCGCUGCUUUCUUAUCACAUCUCGGAACCUAAAGGAAACAACCUCUUUCGAAUCGGAACAAGCAGCGGGGAACUUAGGACUAAACGGAAAAUGAGUGAUAACGACUUGAAAACUCACCCUUUAGUCAUUUUAGUGUCUGAUAAUGGAGAACCAUCAAUGUCUGCGACAGUGUCUGUUGAUGUUAUGGUUGUUGAGAACGCAGACAUGCAAACUCGCUUCAGAAAUGUUCCAGUAAAGGAGGAUACAUUUUCUGAUUUAAAUCUGUAUUUAUUGAUCGCCAUCGUCUCAGUGUCCGUGAUUUUUCUUCUGAGCCUCAUCAGCUUGAUAGCUGUAAAAUGCCACAGGACCGACAGCAGUUUCAGUGGAUACAAUCCGCCAAUGAUCACCACACAUCCUGAUGGAACUUGGUCUUACUCCAAAUCUACACAGCAGUAUGACGUGUGUUUUAGCUCAGACACGCUGAAAAGUGACGUGGUAGUUUUCCCAGCUCCAUAUCCGCCAGCUGAUGCGGAAUUGAUUAGCAUCAAUGGAGGAGACACCUUUCAGCGAACACAAACACUUCCUAACAAAGAGAAGGUAAGAUUGUUGGAUUUUCAUUUCUCUAUCACAAGACUGUUGGAUGCUACUCUGAGUAUCACACAGAGGCUUUGA